UACGGCCAGUUCACCUGCGAGGGAUGCAAAAGUUUCUUCAAGAGGAGCGUCCGGAGGAACUUAACGUACUCAUGUCGUGCCAACAGGAACUGUCCCAUUGACCAGCAUCACCGGAAUCAGUGCCAAUACUGCCGGCUGAAGAAGUGCUUAAAAGUGGGGAUGCGGCGGGAAGCGGUUCAGCGAGGACGAAUGCCUCCAACCCAGCCCAACCCAGGCCAGUACGCGCUGACGAACGGGGACCCCCUGAACGGCCACUGCUAUCUGUCCGGAUACAUCUCGUUGUUGCUGCGGGCAGAGCCCUACCCGACGUCCCGCUACGGGAGCCAGUGCAUGCAGCCCAACAAUAUCAUGGGCAUCGAGAACAUCUGCGAGCUGGCGGCUCGCUUGCUCUUCAGCGCCGUGGAGUGGGCGAGGAACAUCCCUUUCUUCCCCGACCUGCAGAUCACCGACCAGGUGUCCCUUCUCAGGCUGACGUGGAGCGAGUUGUUUGUGCUUAACGCGGCCCAGUGCUCCAUGCCUCUGCAUGUGGCCCCUCUGCUGGCCGCGGCGGGCCUCCACGCCUCCCCGAUGUCCGCGGACCGCGUCGUGGCUUUCAUGGAUCACAUUCGGAUCUUCCAGGAGCAAGUGGAGAAGCUUAAGACCCUGCACGUGGACUCGGCAGAGUACAGCUGCCUCAAGGCCAUCGUGCUUUUUACAUCAGACGCUUGCGGCCUGUCGGACGCUGCUCACAUCGAGAGUCUGCAAGAGAAAUCCCAGUGCGCCCUGGAGGAGUACGUGAGGAGCCAGUACCCCAACCAACCGAGCCGCUUUGGCAAGCUCCUGCUGCGGCUGCCCUCUCUACGCACCGUCUCCUCCUCGGUAAUCGAGCAGCUGUUCUUCGUCCGCUUGGUAGGUAAAACUCCUAUUGAAACCCUCAUCAGGGAUAUGCUAUUAUCCGGGAGCAGCUUCAACUGGCCUUACAUGUCCAUCCAAUGAUCCUUAAGUGAAACAAAAAAGAAAGAGGAAAGAACAAAAAAAGGACCAAAUCUCUGCACCCCAUCCUCCUUCAUGAAGACUUUAUACAUAGGACCUUUUUUUUCUGAGAAACUUGGAAGACAAAACUUUUUCCCCCCUCUGUCUUCUGGAACUGUGAUGGAAUACAUUAUGUACAGAGAAAUAUUGGAACUGGACUUGUGUAAAUCCACCCUCAUCUUCAAGAACAAUACUCUUCAUUUUGUAAAAUACUAGUCUUUAUUUUCCUUUUUUUGUAAAAAAAAAAAUACAAAUAAAAUGAAAAACAUCAUAUGCGCAGUAAGAAGAUGAAGAAGAAAAAAAAAGAAUCAACACUUAGCGGAAAAAUGUUUCCAAGCAAUUAUAAGAAUUGUCCUGUGUCUAUGUACCUCUCUGUUUUGUAUUUUUUCUGGUUCUAAACCAGACUUUCUGUGAUUCUAUACUAAUAGUUUUUUAUAUAACCUUUUGCUUCUUAUAAUGAGUGCGAUAUAUGUUGUCGAAGCUAUGUUCUCCAAGAAUUAAAAUUGAAGUGAGAAUUUAAAAAGAAAAGAAAAGAAACACUACAGACAAAUAAAGAAAUUUAGACAAAUAAGAAACAGUCUAAUCGCUGUGACAAUAUCAACACUGAUGGUUGAACUCUUGUUUUUUUUUUUUUUUCACCCCACAAUUGAUAUACGAUGGACCUGCAACAGCAGCAAACUGACCUCCAGGACAUUUUUAAUGACAUUUUUAAACUCCAGGAACGUCUGGGGCGCCUUUUCCAACCCCCCCGCCCACCUCCUCCCUUGUGCGGGGGCAACGAGUGCGUGUGGAGUGUCGAUCAUCGAGUCAAAGAGGAGAGACCUGAAAAAUCAAACAAAGAAUAAAAAAGCAAAGAAAAAAAAAGAAAAAAGCACUUUUAAUAUAUCAUUUCAAAUACAUUUUGUUUCGUCUUGGGGGGUGGGGGGCAGGGAGAAAUCAUUGUUUUUUUGAAUUUUAUUGGUUGUUGCCUUCGAUUUGCUUACUCCAUGAUGCAGCUUUUUUCCCCCACCCCCCUUUUAUUUUCUUUUUGCAGAAAGGUCGGUUGAUGAAGUUGUGUGAUGGUGACUGUACUAUUAAAAACAACAACAACAACAAAAUACAAAAAAAGGCAAUGA